AUGGCCGCGGGCUUUGUCGGUUCGACAAAGAGUUUUCCGUUUUCCUUCGAUGUCGACGUAGAGGAAGAGGAACAUGCGAGGGGCACGCCGCAUCUAAAUAAACGAAUAGGUAGCGAAAGCCCGACUAGUGCCGUAGGGGCGGAGGCGCCGAGAGAACUUCCAAAUGAACUCUCAGCGCCUUAUGAGGUGCCACAGUUUCCAAUUGAACAGAUUGAGAAGAAACUCCUUAUACAAAGGCAGCUAAAUGUCAAGGCGGCAGAAUGUGGUCAAUCGGCUCGUUCAUUCGCUGGGAGCGAGGCGGGCGCUGCUGCAGUAUUUGAAGAGGCCGCAAAACUUCGAGCUGAUGAUGAUGAAAUGGAUAUCAUCCUACCACACUUCCAACGUGUGGCGAUAAGUGGUGAAGAUACUUCUGGAGUUCCUCUAGAAGAUUUGCAGCAGGCCUCAUCUUACUUGGUGCAAGCCCUGGAGAUACGCAAGCGCUACAUGGAAUUGUCAAGUCAGAGUUUCUCUACGAUAACAGCGCGAUUCCUCCGGUCCAUGGACCCGGAUGGUGCUGCUAACCAUACACCGAGUGUUAAAGUACCGCAACGACAUAUUGCUGAUCACAUAGUUCACCCACCUUUCAAAGACAAUAAAGAUCCUUGGGAGUGUCCAAUGCCAUCUGCGAAGGGGUACAAGAUAAAGUCUGAUAAUGGUGUUUUCAACUUGUACAGAGACGAUGACUGUAAAGACAGGGUACCAUACGAAUACAUUACUCUGUCACAAUACAUACAGGACAAAAAUAUUAUGUGCACAAUGAUUGCUGAUGGACCAUUGAAAUCUUUUUGCUACCGGCGGUUAAGUUAUCUGUCUUCAAAAUUCCAAUUACACGUUCUUUUGAAUGAGCUUCGAGAACUUGCUUCACAAAAGGCGGUGCCGCAUCGGGAUUUCUACAACAUUCGUAAAGUUGACACACACAUUCACGCUGCGUCCUGUAUGAACCAGAAACAUUUGCUACGUUUUAUCAAGAAGACUUUGAAAAAUCACGCCGAUGAGGUGGUAACUCUUCACAAAGGAUCGCCUAUGACUUUGAAAGCUGUGUUUCAGUCCAUGAAUCUUAGUACUUAUGACUUGACUGUGGAUAUGCUUGAUGUACACGCUGACCGCAACACUUUCCAUCGUUUCGACAAGUUCAAUGCAAAAUACAACCCAAUCGGUGAAAGUAGAUUAAGGGAAGUUUUUCUCAAGACAGAUAACUUUAUGAAUGGAAAAUACUUCGCAAGGAUAAUAAACGAAGUAGCAUCAGACUUAGAAGAGAGUAAAUAUCAAAAUGCAGAGCUGCGGUUAUCAAUUUACGGAAAGAGUCCCACUGAGUGGGCAAAACUCGCGAAGUGGGCCAUUCAAUAUGACGUGCAUUCCAACAACGUUCGUUGGUUGAUUCAAAUUCCGCGUUUAUAUGAUAUCUUCAAAUCGAACAAGAUAAUGAACAAUUUCCAAGAAUUCCUAAGCAACAUCUUCCAACCACUCUUCGAAGUAACCAAUGACCCAAACAGCAAUUUGGAACUUCAUAAAUUUUUGACACAUGUAAUAGGAUUUGACAGCGUGGAUGAUGAAUCAAAACCCGAGAACCCAAUGUUAGAUGCAGAUGUGCGCUUCCCUGAACAAUGGGACGAUGAAGAGAACCCGCCCUACGCUUACUAUCUUUACUAUAUGUACUCGAAUAUCACCGUGCUAAAUCACUUUAGAAAGGAGCAGGGACUUAAUACGUUUGUACUUCGCCCCCACUGUGGUGAAGCUGGACCCGUACAGCAUCUUGUAUGUGGUUUCAUGUUAGCUGAGAAUAUUUCUCACGGCUUGCUCUUAAGGAAGGUGCCCGUACUCCAGUACCUUUACUAUCUAGCCCAGAUCUACAUCGCGAUGUCACCACUCAGCAAUAAUUCGCUCUUUCUGAACUACCAUCGAAAUCCUCUGCCGGAGUUCUUGGCAAGAGGGCUGUGUAUCACGCUUAGUACUGAUGACCCACUUCAAUUCCACUUUACUAAGGAGCCGCUGAUGGAAGAGUACAGUAUCGCUGCACAGGUGUGGAAAUUGAGCUCAUGUGACAUGUGCGAAUUGGCUCGUAAUUCUGUUCUUAUGUCGGGAUUCCCGCACGAGAUGAAACAAUACUGGUUGGGCCCAAACUACACAAAGGAGGGUGUAGCUGGUAAUGAUAUUACACGAACAAACGUACCGGACAUACGCAUCUCCUUCCGCUAUGAGACGAUCCUCGACGAACUUACUAACAUAUUUAAGGCAAGACAAGCUUACCACGGUCUGCCGAAUGGGGUCCUCGCACCACCAUCAACACCACCACCACCGGACAUGAACGUGCCCGUUAGUCUAAAAUGA